AAACCCAAAGUCAAGACCAUGUUAAUUGUUUUUUUUGAUUCCCAAGGAAUUAUACACAAAGAAUUUGUGCUCCCAGGAAUUACUGUUAAUGCCGAAUACUAUAAAAACGUUUUGGAUCGCCUCUGUAAAAGAAUUGCACGUGUUAGGCCCGCCUUGUGGAAAGAUCGGUCUUUUUUCUCGUUGCACGAUAACACUCCAGCACGCACCGCAGCGAUUGUCAUUCAAUUUUUGGCCAAAAAAAUGGUUCCAGUACUCCCCCACUUCCCAUAUUCAUCAGAUUUGAAUCCUCCGGACUAUUUCCUAUUCCCAAAGUUGAAGAUGGAGCUCAAGGAGCACCAUUUUGUUACCAUUGAAACGAUUCAAGAAGCGGUGACCCAAAAGUUCAAGAACAUUCCUGAAGCUGACUUUUCACGGGCCAUGGAAAAAUUGGGUGAUUGUGCAAG